GUGGAGGCCACGGCGAGGGUGGCGGCCCUGGCGGCCUGCUUGGCCGUGACGGCGACGAGGGCGGCAUGGCAACUCACAAACAAACCGACGCGAGGCGCGUGGGCGUGCGUGGGCGUCAACGUGAAACAGCAGCGGUGACAACAACUUGUCGGGUAAGAUGCGUCCCGCACCGAGCGGCAGCGCCAUCUCUGAGCGGCAGGGGCGCCGGCAGCACGCGCUGUACCGCAAGUUUUACCAGGAGGCGUGCCAGAAGCUACAGGCCGAGAGCUUCCUCGCUCGGCAGCGCGCCGAGGCGCACACCGACUACGAGACGACGUAUGGGGAGAUCCACGGCCUGCCGGGAUUCGAACCCUCGCUGGAGCGCCAGCUCCGCGAGGGGGCGGCACUGUCGGCCCUGCAGCCGGUGUGUGACGUGUCCGCCUCGGAGCCCGCCCUGUCCCUGUGGUACUGCCGGCAGCGCAGCGGCACGGCGGCCAGGACCAGCAUGCCCUUGUCCAGGGUGUCGCCGGCGCACUGCGCCACGCGGCCCUUCCGCCGCACCGCGGCCUUCACCACGCCGACGCACCUCGGCCUGCACGAGUCCCCCGUGGAGCAGCCCCGCCCGCCGCCCAGGCUCAGCCUCGUGGACCGCCUGGACGUGCAGGGCUGGCGGCGCGACGGCUGGGGCGCCGCGGGGCCCGUCACGCCGCGGUACCCGCUCGCCGACGUGCUCCCUGAGGUCUUCGACGGCCGGAGGCCGUGGUGCGACCGCCGCGAGGACCCCGUCAGAGUUCCCGACGACGGCAACCCAGACGACAGUGUUUAAAAAUUUUCUGGCAUGGGCACGAAGAGUUCAUUUGUCAUAUUUCGUCUGGUUUACGACGGCCAUGGUGUGAGUGUGAUGUAUGUCCCUUGCCAAUAAAUGUUUUUAUGUUUAUUUGAUAUCCUGUGAACCCUGUGAA